UGUCAAUAUUAUAUUCACGAUUAAUUACUCCGGUCAUAAAGAAAGCUGCAACAACCUGCGUUGGAGUGUAUGAAAGCACAUUGUUAGAAGUGACAUUUGCUUAGGAAUUGCAGAUGCAUUCAUUCCCUCUUUUCAAUCUCCAUUUCUCUGCAAAUUUAUCUUCUCAAACUAAAAUUAAAACUAUAACAAAAAGGGUUUUUAUUGUCACAGCAAGUACAAAUCUUGAACUCGGAAGAACACCCAAAAUAGGAAAAAGAAAUAAGAUUUUAAUUUUCAAAGAUAAUACCUUUUUUUCUUAUGCAAUUUCCAAAUUCAAAUUUGAGCUGUAUAACCCACAAAAAUCUCUCCUUAUACAAUGUCCAUAUCAUGUAAUCUUAUGAUCUGAUUCAAAAUGGUGAAAUGAUGAAGGAGGCAGGGACUAAAGGUCGGACUGGUUGCUACAAUUCUUGCAAUCUUUAUGACAAUAUGUUGGAGAUUCUUGACGGGUUUUUGCAAGAAAGACUAGAGGAAAAAGCAGAAAAAAUUUUGGAUACCGAAGUCAAGCAGAGGUUUGAGAUAAUGCUGGUACAAAAUAAAGGAAUAGACAACUUAGAGUUUCAAGAAAUCAAGUGCCGUGACCUCAAAUUCUUAAAUGAGAAUGAGGUCCAUGAUAAUAUAUAUUCCAACAUUCAACAAAAAAAUGCAAGUGAAGUAUUUGAUAACCUGAAAAUGUCGAGAGAAAGUGAAUCCUAUAAACAAAGUGAUGGUGAGAUUGAUGUUUCCACGUUGAUUACUCAUGAAAUUGUCAGCAUCCUGUCUGAAGUAUAUCAGGACAGCUCUAAUCUUCACUUCAUUCCUUCGGAAAAUGAAAAAUCUGAUCCCCUUGAUGAGAAAAUGGAAAGCGCUUCAUCUGCUAGAAUUGCAAUUGAGGGAAGUACAAAAUUUAUAUUAAAGCUAACUCAGGCUUCACAGCCUCUGAAAGAGCUUGAUGAGGAGUUAAGUCAGGAUUCACCGCCACAGAAAGAGCCUCAGGAGGACUAUGAUAAGUUUCCGAGUCAGGCUACUCUGCUUCUGAAAGAGCCUCAGGAAGACUAUGAUAAGUUGCUAAGACAGAUUUCACCACUUCUGAAAGAGUCUCAGGAAGACUAUGAUAAGCUGCCGAAUCAGGCUUCACCGCUCGCGAAAGAGCCUAAGAAAGGCCAGGAUAAGCAGUUGAGUCAGGCUUCACAGCCGCAGAAAGAGCUACAGAGAGAUCAUGAUGAUCAGCUGAGUCAGUGCACAAAGGUUGAACUUAGAAAGUUAAAACCUAAGUGGCUUGAAAGGUUUCUAAAGAGGACCUUCUUUGACCCUUGCUCCAAACAUCCUAUUCGCCGGAAUGAGUCAAACAAGUAUUGCAUUGAUUGUGAUGCUGCUCUUUGCCAAUAUUGUUUGUCAUUAGCUUCCCAUACGAAGCACAGAGUUCUGAAAAUCUACCGUCAUGUUUACAAGGAUGUGGUUCCGCUUGAUGAGAUAGAAAGGCAUAUCGAUUGCUCACGGAUCCAGCCAUACAGGUGCAAUAGGCAGCUAGUCAUAUCUUUGAGUCCUCUGCCACACACGGGGUCGUGGGGUAAAACAAAUGAGGAAUCAUCAUGCCAAACAUGCAAAAGAAAGUUGAUUGAGCAUGAAAUUUUCAGUUACUGCUCCAUUUCUUGCAAGGUCGAUGCAUUUUUGAAAAAGCCAGAUGAAUCUUCACCUCCAUUUCUGUUGCUUGAUAACACGGAGCCAGAAGCCCCAGAAGACGCAAGUCAAGAAGCAAGUCAAGAUGUCGAGCAAGAACCAGCGCCAAAGAAGAUUCGCAAGAGAAAGGGAAUACCUCAUCGCGCUCCUUUCUAUUAAUUCCUUAAAUCUUUCCGCAUUGAUAAUCGGGUGGAUUUGAUUUAAACCAUUGUCGUUUCCUUUGAUUUGUUGUGAAGUUUUCAUCUAAUGAGGCGAAAACACCUCUAUGGUCCAUCGUCAUCCUGCAAGUAUUUGCAGAUAUUUUUAACUAAACCAUUGUCGUUUUCUUUAAUUUGUUGGUGAAGUUUUCGUUCAAGGAGAGGCGAAAGCGCCUCUAUGGUGCAUCAUCACCCUGUAUGAAUUUGCGAAUAUUUUUAUGUUUAAAUGUAUUGUUAAAUUAUGUAACAGAAUUUUAUUCUAGUUUCAUGACUUUCAUCCAUUUUAGUGAUCA